AGGUUACGCCGUUGGUGGCGCUGCAUUUAUGCUCCAGCAUUAGCAACAGUCGAGAGAAUUUACUGGGGAAUAUCGAUCUUCGGGAAAACAGGAAACGCUGGCGUAUUUAUGAUCUGCUGGGAUUUCUUCACGAGCUAGGUCUUAAUAUGCACAACUGACCGGUCACGUUCACCAGUCUCCAGUAACAUUAAACCUACAAAAUAUACCAAGCAUGUCAGACAGGCAAGCCUCAGACAUGGCUCGCAGCAAGGCAGCAAGACUGCUGAAGAGACACGGCAGUGCAUCCUCGCUAAUGAGCGGCAGUGAAUAUGGAGGAAGAUACAAACAUACCGGCUCCGUCAGCACCGUCUCGUUUAUGGACGAACCGGCGGACCCCAACAAGCAAGGGUCGAGCGUCAAACUGGAGCCCACGUAUCAGAUGGAACCCACCAAGCGCUUUCCAGUCAACACGGUCAAAGACAUCCUAGGCGAGGUGCUGCAACAUUACCUGGCCGAGGAGAAAUACGAACCUGAGCUCUGUAAACAGAUGACAAAGACGAUAUCGGACGUUGUGAAGGCAAGAGUGAAGGAGCUCCAGUUGGGGCGUUACAAGAUUAUCGCCCUCGUGCAUAUUGGCGAGCUACGGGACCAGGGUCUGAAGAUCAGCAGUAGAUGUCUGUGGGAUGCAGCCCACGACAACUCUUCAUCCUACGAAUUCCGUAACAACUCUCUCUUUGCCACGGCAAUGGUCUUUGGUAUCUACCACGAAUGAGGCUGCAGGAGAACACAUUUGUGGGCGUGGGAUGUGAGGUAAUGGACUCUGUCUGGGGAAUUUUAGAAAUAGUACAUUAAUGGUUGUAUUAUUGGCAUUGGCAGAGUUAGUCAUCACUUUUGAGUUUCCAAUGGCUACUCAAAUUUUAUGUUAUGAAUUUGUACAGUUUUGAUAAAAACAGACAGUCAGUGUGAGAAUAUUUCUGCUCGUCCAUACCCCUCAAACUUGGCUGGAUUAGGUAACUUUGGCUUUCAGCAUUUUGGGGUUCUAGUUAUAACCUGUGUUUCAACUUGUCCGAAGGGCUUUUUCAUGGGCAUUCAGAGUUGUUUGAGUUGAGAUGUACAUGGCUUGCAUGCCUUGUGAUUUCACACGCAAUCCUUUUUGGUGAAGAAGGUCAUCAAGCCAUGUCAGUCAGUUUUCCGGGUGAUUUGUCGCAUACCACUCGCUUAGCAAGCAAAAGAUUUCUGUGCUGCCUAGAGACCGGUGAACGUUUUCAGGGUAUACAUGGCGCAUACCUUCAGCUUCAAUUUGUGAAGGGGAGGGGGAACAUGUAAAUGUAAAUACAGGCUUAAAGAGAGUAUUGGUAUUGGAAAUCUUUCAGUGGAGUUUCUACAUAGUUGCUGAGAGUCACUGGUACCCUGGAAGUAUUGCACAAUAAAACCAAUAAAUGGGAACAGAUACAUGGCUGUCAUUUGGUCUUGUAGCGGGUCCAUGGGUUACCUGUCAUGAGCCUUAGUAGUUAUUUUUCAUGUAGCUUAUUCUCUAAUUUGUUCAAGAUUUUUUUGCCUUUUCACACAUGAAUAAAUUUCGCACCACUGGUUUACUCUGCCCAAUUUCAACAUUUGUAGCCUAUAGGUAUCACACAUACAUAGUGUUAUUGAAAUAUAUGUGCAGUGAUGCACGAACAGAGAACCUUGAACAGCUUGAUUCAACACAAAAAGCUGGAAUGUUGUUUUCGAUUUCUAUUGUGAACUAGUUUUGUCCUGUUGGUAAAAGGAAGUAAAAGUGCCUGUAUUUCUGUGUUCAUAGUGACCAUUUCUGAAGGCAUCCUUUGAACACCAGGAGGUACAUGCAUUUCCCUUCAUUUUCAAAAAGAAAAACAAAAAGGAAACACAGACAGGUUAAAAAAACUACAGGUUUGCCAUGUGUAGUUUGUAACUAUUCUACUGUCACAAUUCUCUUGCAAGGGCAUUUUAAAUGGAAAACCUGGAUGUUGGCUUAAUUCCAGAAAUGAGUUAACGGCCAAAGGGGUGUGAAAAAUUAAAGAAUUGUUUGUUCAUUGCAGAUUAUAAAGUUUUGUGGAGUUCUGCAUGGCGCCCAUUUCUGUAUGGAAACAAGAAUAAAUUGAAAGCCCUCUCUUUUUUUUUUCACUUGCAGCUCCUUAGCAUUUCUGGCCUAAAAAACCUUGGUCCUCAAGACUUGUAUGGUGCCCUGUAUUCCUGACAUUGAUUAUCAAGUCUUUUCAAAUGAGUUAACACCGAUUUUCGUCCUGCUGAUAUGAGGUAUUUUCAAAAUGAUCCCUAACUUAUCUCUGAGAUUAUCUUGAUUUCUGGUUGACUAGUGUCGUAGCAGAGGGGGAAAAAAUCAACAUUGGAUAAAAACUAUUUAUUUUUGUAGAACUAAGAGUUCAUUGAGAACAGUCAAGAAAUCACUUUGCAGACGUUCAUGUUGAUCCUAGGUAUAAUUUAUUGCAUUACCUCUCCAUGCAUUGCUCCCCUAGAGACUUCGUUAUCUGCGUGAAUAUUAAGCUGUAAAUAUUUUUGUAUGCACUUCAGUAUGGGAAUGUAGAACUUUGGUAUAACCAGAUUAUAGUGUGAUACCGAGUCCGUCCAGUUCAUGCCUGUAACUUAAAUAUCAAAAAGCAGAGAUUCAAGUAAAUUACAUUGUAUUUUUAUAUACAAACUUUUGUUAUGAGUAAAGAAUUUGUUUUCAUUUUUGUCAUUUCACAAAAGUCACAAUCAUGAAUGUACAGCAUCGAAAGAGAAAAUGAGAGUUAAAGUUAUUUUGUUUUAUAUGUACAUUGAUCAUUGUUCUGUGGGAACCAAAUGUAGUUUGAAUUCUUCAGCAAUAAGGAAGAUGAUUUAAAUUUCAGCUGUAUUCUAGUGAAUAACAUUGAAUUGGAUCCUUCUUUUGCCUCUUUUUCUUCGUCCCCAAAAGGCAUCCCUGUUGAAGCAGAGAUUUUCAGGUUAUCAGUUAACCUGGCAAACAGAACAGUUUGGUGAACUUUACAUGCAUGGGGCCCGUUUACGGUUCAAUUUCUCUGUAAACGGCAAUAAAUAUUUGAACUUUUUUCUACUA